CCCUCUCAGCUAAUUGGCUGCGGGCGUGACAAUGGUGGUCCACUUCAAAAAAGAAACCCUGGUGGGAUGUUCACACAGGGGAGGAGGAUAUGGGGAGAAAAGGAGAGUAGAGGGGCUUUGAGAUUUUUUGUUUAUUCCCCACGAUGUUCCCACCCUGAGCUGUAAUGGUGGAGGCGGUUGGUCAAUUCUAGCAUCGUUUGUGCUGUUUUAAGGACUGAUUUUGAUCAGAAAAGGGUCCAGAUUGUAUUUGAGGCAGCUGUGGAAGUAAACGCUGAAUGAAGAUGAGCCAAGUGGAGGAGAGCAUCAUGUCAUACCUGUCACAGAGGGAGACCGACGCCAGCACCACAGACUUGAAUGUGGUGGCCAUGCUGCAUAACUUCUGGGAGCAGAGGCAGACGUGUCGCUCAAACGGUUCCUCCAGCGAAUCAGACGCCUCCGUCGGUGACGCGGUUAUCCACCCGGAGAGCUUGCUGCUGUACGAGUCUGCAGCGUCCCCUGGUCCUUCACAUGUCUGCUAUGUCACCCUGCCAGGAGGAAGCUGCUUUGGUAACUACAAGGUGUGUGAGAGCCAGGCAGAAGCUCGGAGGGAUGCAGCUCGCGUGGCUCUGAUGAACUCGCUUGUGAACGAGCUGCCGUGCCGACGCAUCGACUCUCAGUUCAUCGCUCAGAGUUUGCAGCAGGCGGCCUCAGACAGCGCUGUGAGCGUUGCCAUAGAAGAUGCUUGUGAUUCAAGCACCAGCAUUGGAACAUAUGUUUUGCUGCUCCACUCCUACGAAGGAAGGACGAUGCUGGAGUUUCAGGAGAUGAUGACAAUCUUCCAGUUGCUGCAGUGGAACGGGACGCUGAAGGCUCUGAGGGAAAGGCGAUGCUCUCGACAGAGUGUAAUUUCCUAUUACUCUCGAAGAGGGCUCGAUGAAUAUAUACGCAGCAGCAUGGCUCUGGAUUGGCUCGGACGGGAGCAAAGGUCACCGGGGCGACUCGGGGAGGAGCUGCAGGUGGCGCAGAGGGAGCUGGUAUUGGCUCGCCGUCGAGGCAUAGAGCUGCGCUUCUACAAAGAAAAGACCGAGAUUCUCAGUUUGGCUCUGAGUCAAGCAUACAUUCAUCACACACCUGAGGCCUUCGACGAGGCACCGAAUCCCACACACAAGCAGGAACAACUUCCUCUACAAACAUUAUACAGCCAGGGUCCAGAAGUCAAGAUAUACCCCGCCCUGCAGUCCUUCAACGCCUCUCCAUAAAAGCACAUAGCAAACAGUCCGUCAAACCUCUCAAACACUUUGCCUCCUAACAGUCCACUUCUGUGCUUGCAAUAGACGUGUGUCCCUUGUCUUUGAAUAGAUCAAAGCAGAUGGUACAGGAUGGAAAAUAAAACUGGUCAUUUGACUGUGUGUAUGGGCUACACCUCUUUACAUAUGUCAACAUAUCCAGCAGUGCAAUCUGUGUAGAAAUAAUGUAACUGUAUCAACACUAUUUUGUGAUUAUAGAAUUUAAGCAUUUGUGUAUUCAUUUUGAACUUUAACCUUUUUGAAUGCAGCGUACCAAUUCUUUCAAAUCAUUGGGAGGAGAUGUAACUAAGAUGUAUCUAUCAAUUUUUGUACAAAGAGCAUUUUAAAGCUUCGAUGUUUGUAGAAUGUAUGUUGUCCUUUUAAGAGUAUAUUCUAAUAGAUAGAUGUCCACCCUAACUUUACAUGCAGGAACUUAAAACUGUAUAUCAAGCCUAUGAACUGCCAGCAUCAAUCAGCUAUUUAGUACUUCUAGCUGCGGCAUUCUUCGUUUCUCCUGCUCUGCGUCAUACGGCUUAUACAUUUCCUAAAAGGAAAUUUCUUGCCAGGGGAGAUUCAGGAUACUGAAAUGUUGCAUUAUGUGUUGGCUGGAGGCUAUGAAUCAGAGAGUUAUUGUUGCAACACACAUUUAUUUGAUGAUGUCAAAGAGCAGCUGGAUUGGAAAUACAAUCUGGUUUGUAUGAAAGAGAUUUAGAAGGCUGGUCACGUCAACCGCAGCUGUAAUUAUAACUAGCACCUGAUAUGUUCCUUUCGAUGUGAUGCACACAGGCUUAACAUUCAAUUAUCUUUGGUUAGGUUUAGAGGUGAUUUAAAGGGAUUUUGCCAUGUUUUUUUAAUAAAUAAAUAUCUUUAUGACUUUGAAUCAUGUCUGUGUAUUGUAUGAACACUCCUGGAAAUUGUUUAAGUUAUUAAAAUAUAAUCUACUACUGACUCCAUAGUUGAAAUUAAUA